AUUUUGGGGAUGAUGUUGAGACAAGCUGGAAUCAGCCUCCAAGGAACUACGGUGGCAUUGGAACCAACGUCCCAGGAUGUCUAGAAAUCCUACAGGUUCAACAAGGAGGAGAUCUUCCUCCUCAGGAUUACAAGAGCAACACAAUCUUAAUCACCCACAGCUGUUUACUGAUAAUGGUGUAGCUCCGGAUAUACAGCAAACUAUUGAUCCAUUAAUGGAUUAUAAUUUUGCACCUAAUCAUGAGAACGAGGGCCCUUCAUCCUCGACGGGGAACAAAGGAUGGAGUAGGAAUUUAAAAGGAAUAUGCCCUCCAGAAAAUAGAGAGAGCAGGAAAUGGGUUAAACUCACUAAUGAUAAUGAUAAGCUCCAGUUUGCUGAUCCAAACAUCCCUCGGGCUAUCACUUCAUUAUGGAAGUCACGUUUUGAUGGCAUGGAUGAGAAGUUGAAAUGGAACAAGAACUCAGCCUAUGUCCCAUGUUGGAUCCCAACUCAUAUAUGGCCUCAGCUGCUGACAUAUUGGGACUCUGAUGAAUAUAAGAGGCUCAGUGCAAGGGGAGCAAAGAAUAGGAGCUCUGGGGAAAGGGUGACUCACACCACUGGGUUCAUUAGCUUUGGCAUCCAUGAGAUGCGGAUGACUAAGUCUAGAGGUGAAGCUCAGAAUAAUCUGAACCAGACAAUCGCACAGUCUGUUGCAGCAGCUCUAGCCGCUCAUGGCAUCUCCCCUCAGGUAGGUCAUCAUCCAGUUGCCCCACCACAGCCGUCACAUGGUCCUUGCUCAAGUCUUCACAUGAAUUCAACUUUCACCUACUCCACUGAUUCUACACAAACCUUUCCUAUGGUUCCUAAAUAUCAGCAGCAACGACAGUUUCCUCCUUAAGAUGAUGAUGCAUACCAUCCUACUUUUGAUCCAGACUAUCAGGGUCCUUAUGUUUUUUAUUUUUUUGCUACGCACAUUAUCUGCACACUUUGCAUGGUUGGCUUUAUUUCUGUUAGUACUUUAAAUUGUUAGCUUUAGUUUUUCAUUACGAUAUAUUUUCUUAUUUUGCUUGACCUCCAGUGAUCAUACUUCAAAAGGUAUGAAGUUUUGGACUGCUUUGGAGGUUAAUUAUUACUAACUAAAUAUCGUGGGUAUUUAAGACAAUGGUAUGUGAUUGCCAUAUAUACUUUGUGGUUGUUGUUGUAGUUGUGGUUGUGGUUAUGGUUAUGGUUAUGGUUGAAAAGGUAUAAUUGUUUUUAGCAUACUAGACUUGUAGAAUAUAUGUGUUUCUCAUUG